CCACAGACUAUUAUGUACUAUAGUACCUGUCAGCUUGGACUUAGUCGGAAUUUAGCGGGAAGAAAGCUAAAAAUUGCUAAAAAAUUGAGGCUUGCGUCUGAAAUUCCCAAAUUCCCACACGCCCGCAAUGGGACCUUGGGAACUUAGACGCCUCAUGCCAAACCCAAAAUUUGAGCUCUUCGAUUACCGAAACCGAACCACUUCAAGAUAUUUACAUCAAACCGCUCACUUCCGUAAUUCCACCCUCCCGCACGCAACACCCUAAUGGCGUCUAGGAGACUCGCUUUAAACCUCGCGCAGGGCUUGCGCAGCCGUACUGCAAAUUCUGCUAUUCGACCAUUACGAAGAGGUUUUGCAACUCCAGUGACGUCUGCCCUCGGCGCGAAGACCCAAACUACGACAUUGAAAAAUGGUCUGACGGUCGCGACCGAAUACUCGCCUUGGGCGCAGACUUCGACGGUGGGAGUAUGGAUCGAUGCCGGUUCGAGGGCCGAGACGGAUGAGACAAAUGGAACCGCACACUUCCUAGAGCACCUCGCCUUCAAGGGUACUCAAAAGAGAACUCAGCAACAACUAGAGCUCGAAAUCGAGAACAUGGGUGGUCACCUUAACGCAUAUACCUCGCGUGAAAACACCGUUUAUUUCUCUAGGGCAUUCAACUCCGAUGUUCCUCAAUGCGUCGACAUCCUCGCCGAUAUCCUCCAGAACUCCAAACUUGAGCCCUCUGCUAUUGAACGAGAACGCGACGUCAUUCUCCGUGAAUCCGAGGAGGUGGAGAAGCAGCUUGACGAAGUCGUUUUCGACCACCUUCAUGCUACUGCCUACGCCCACCAACCUCUCGGCCGCACUAUCCUUGGACCUCGAGAGAACAUCCGUGAUAUCACCCGAACCGAACUGGCCAACUACAUCAAGAACAACUACACUGCUGACCGCAUGGUUCUCGUCGGUGCUGGUGGUAUUCCUCACGAGAAGCUUGUUGAGUUAGCCGAAAAGAACUUCUCUAGCCUCCCUACUUCUUCGCCUCACACUGAAGCCUACAUUCUCUCUAAGAGACAACCAAACUUUAUUGGAUCCGAGGUUAGAAUCCGGGACGACACUAUCCCCUCCGCCCACAUCGCCCUUGCCGUUGAGGGUGUCAGCUGGAAUGAUGACGACUACUUCACUGCUCUAGUUACCCAGGCCGUCGUCGGCAACUACGACAAGGCCAUGGGCAGCGCACCUCAUCAAGGCAACAAGCUGAGCACCUUCGUUCACCACAACGACCUUGCUAACAGCUUCAUGAGCUUCUCCACAAGUUACAGCGACACUGGUCUAUGGGGUAUUUACCUGGUGAGCGACCAGCUCACUCGUCUUGACGACUUGGUUCACUUCACUCUCCGAGAAUGGACCCGCCUUUCUAACAACGUAACUGAAUCCGAAGUCGAGCGAGCAAAGGCUCAACUGAAGGCCUCAAUUCUCCUUUCUCUCGACAACACAUCCGCCGUUGCAGAAGAUAUCGGCCGACAACUCGUCACGACCGGUCGCCGCCAAAAGCCCGGUGAGAUCGAGCGUGUCAUCGAUCGUAUUACGGAGAAGGACGUAAUGGACUUUGCUCAGCGAAAAAUAUGGGACCAAGACGUGGCCAUCAGCGCUGUCGGCAGCAUUGAGGGCCUUCUCGACUACCAGAGAAUCAGGAACGAUAUGAGCCGAAACUUCUAAACGGACGCUGAUUAGGUACAGCGGCUUGAAGGGGGGGAAAAUUCGGUCAUAGAGUGUAUCAGAUAAUCACGCACUUCAUUGUACCAUACCAUAAAGAUUUCUCAUCUGUUAGAUUCCCUCGACCGGCCCAGAAGACAUUUUGUUUGUGUUAUUUUACUGUCUCUGUCCUUUCAUGCUAGAGUACCUAACUUAUGAUUGGCAUUCUCGGGUUUGAUAUUCAUGAGUUGUUAAGUGUCAGGUUUUCCUCGCGGAGACAGCGACGACAAAGAUUCAAGUAAAAUCUACUGAUGUCCCAUAAGUAACGCAAGCAAACAUUCCAUCGAGUUGACUGAGCUAUUACGCGAAAGUAUCAACUUAAGAACUUUUGUAAGACGCCGAUCUUGAAAUUUAAUGGAAAAAAAUUGGAUCUUGUCGA